AAAUUAGUUCUAGUGAGUCUGUGAAAGUGUGAGCGACUAUCGGACGACGGCAACGGCAACGACAAGGACGGCGGCGAGUACAACACAACAACGAGGAGCAGAAUUGACUUUACUUUGUUUCAUGCACAAUCGCGCGUUCACCUAAGCAAUCCAAUCCAACCCACAUUCAAGACACAGCACUCAACAAGUGGAUGAGUUGAGCGGAUUUCAAAGAUCGACCGACUGGGCACAAAGACUUCAUAAACUACGAUUAAUUUAGUGCAAAUGCUGCAAGUGACCUCAGCAGCUAAACUUCAUAAAGAUAAAACGGUCUAACCACUGAAAAUAGCGAAAAUAUAUCCGUCGAUAAACUCGUAUAGCUAAAGAUCGACCGUCUGAUUCAAUAACUGGAACUGGAACACAAACACGACCACAGUCACGAACACGAACACGUGCAAUAUGUCACAUCAGUGCAGCUGCGGUCGCGAUCUCAACAACAACUACGUGUCCUAUACGAGUGCAUACGCCAAUGCAAAUGCGGGUCUUGACCGGGACUCGAAUGCAAACACUAGCAACAAAAACAGCGCCUCACAUCACACACAGCUGACGGCCAAGGUGAUGUUCGGCACAGUGGGCGCUAUCAAGGAGCUUCGCGAUAAGGAACAACAACAAUCCCGGCAUGCGGCGACUCGGGCCAGCGAACGACGCAACUAAUAGUGAGAGGACUAGGAUGCUAAUCUGGCGUGGACGUGGCUGCAACAGUUAAUAUUAUCCGCCAGGAAAGCAGACAGUCAGGCGGUUAGACGGUCGACGGUUGUGUGAUCUAAGUGCUGUGCGAAAAUUCACAAUAUUUCUGAAUUCACAAAAGUACAAUAAAUUUUGGAUUGUACAAUUAUGUCGCCUGCCUACCGCGGUCGCGGUCUUGGGCCCAGCCCAGGGCUCAUGUUAGAGGCUUCAAAGAGUUUAAGGGGCAACGCAAUUGUUAGACAAGUGUGAAGAAAGAUUUUAAAUAAGUUACCAUAAAGCAAUUCACGAAUCACAUUCCGUGCUCUACGUUAGUUAUUUCAAUUUAAAUACAAAAAAAUAGAACUCGUAUCCUUGUCAUGUCCAAGUCGAAGUUUACAAUAAAACAAGCCAUGUGUCAUCUGCAUCUUUUUCAAUAUGUAAAUCCUUAUUUUGUUAUUAUACACUGAUUACCCAUGACUUUCACUUACAUAAGCUUCGAUCACUUUCCUGAUCAUUUUCGGGAGAGAAUAUUGCGAUAAGUCUCAAUGCAAUGAGAAUGAAAUUAUAUUUGAAAUAUUAUAUUUAUAAAUUGUUUAUGUUAUUUAUAUAUACAUAUGUACACAUACACCCACAAAAUAUUUUUUAGUGCAAUACUUUAGCUAUACUAUACAUACCCACAUAUUCAACAUGAAUCUACACGUACAUUCUGGACACUAUCACUCCCACACACAUACUCGCAGUUAUGCUUAGCUUUAAGUUAAUUUUACAUUUAAGUACGUUGCUCUCUUUCAUAUAAAUUUUCGAGUGUGCUUCGUCACUUUUUUUGGGGCUGCAUCUCUAGAAACUUCCACAGAUGUUGAUGUUUAAGCAAGUGCCCAAUAUGUGGGCACUAUCUCUUUCGUACACACAAUCAAGCACUUUAUAAACUCUACAAAUUGAUCAUCUGUUAUACUUUUAUUACUUAAGGUACAGCCAACUGAAUUCGUCUUAAUAAAUGAAAUGGAAAACAAUAAUUAUAAAGCAAAUCACAUACUACGUUGCUUAAGAGACUUUUUCUAAAAUUUGAAUCAAUUUCCUUAUUUCAUUGUUCAUGGAGUUUAAAUGGCUUACUCACUGAGCAGAAAAUUUAGCAGGAACUUGGAAAGUGAGUGCAUAUAAUGUAUGUAUGUACAUACUUAUAUCUGAUAUCUACACUUGUAUAUUAUUCAUUAUAAUUUAUAAUACUACUGUAUUUGUGAGUACAGUCUACUUAUUUAUACCGUUAAAAUUUACGCAAAACAUAAGAAUCACAAGAUAUGCAAAUAAAAUUUCAACGUUUGAGUCAUA